CUGAGCAGCCUGUUACCCCACCCCCAGCCAAUCUAGGAAGAGAUGAAAUGAACUUUGCACUUGCAAAUGUCACUGAAUACAUUUUGCACAGGAUUUUAAAAGGUUCUCUUAUAAGCACUAUUUUUAACAGCCAAAUCCGCCCCCCCAAACGAAAAGGAAAAAGCCCUAGGUAUUUUUCUUUGGUCGAUCUCAGUUAUCAUCAACUGAAGCCUCUCUCACAACAUUUACCUGAAGUCUGGCUUAUUUUACCUUUUUAUCAUUCAAGUCGAUUUUUUUUUUUUUUUUGGAGGUGGUGUGGAUUUAAAAAAAAAAAAUUUUUGGCUUUUUACUGGCAUGAGAAAAUUUGAGAAUUUAAUUGCACUAGAAUACUUGGAAGCAGCGAGGCUGCAAGCUUGAAAGGCAGAGGGAAGAGAAGGAAGGCUCUCACAGCAGAGCAUGGAUAGGAAAGGAGCCGUGAUUCUGCGGUGCUCAGUGUGCACAUGUUUUAUGAGAUCAGUGCCGGGCGCUGCAGCUGCGGACAAUAACUGAGCUGUCUGGCUAAUGAAGGCCACCUGGAUCAGGCUUCUGAAAAGAGCCAAAGGAGGACGUCUGAAGAAUUCUGAUAUCUGUGGUUCGGCGGACUCCUACACCAGCCGUCCAUCCGAUUCAGAUGUAUCUCUGGAAGAAGACAGGGAAGCAGUGCGGAGAGAGGCAGAGCGACAGGCCCAGGCACAGCUGGAAAAAGCAAAGACAAAACCUGUUGCAUUUGCAGUUCGGACAAAUGUUGGUUACAGUGCAGCUCAUGAUGAUGAUGUUCCAGUCCCAGGCAUGGCCAUCUCAUUUGAAGCUAAAGAUUUUCUUCACGUUAAAGAAAAAUUUAAUAAUGACUGGUGGAUAGGACGGUUGGUAAAAGAAGGCUGUGAAAUAGGAUUCAUACCAAGCCCAGUCAAACUAGAAAACAUGAGGCUGCAGCAUGAACAAAAGGCAAAGCAAGGGAAAUUCUACUCCAGUAAAUCAGGAGGAAACUCUUCAUCCAGUCUGGGUGAUAUAGUUCCUAGUUCCAGAAAAUCGACGCCUCCAUCAUCUGCUAUAGACAUAGAUGCCACUGGCUUAGAUGCAGAAGAAAAUGAUAUUCCAGCAAACCAUCGCUCCCCCAAACCCAGUGCAAACAGUGUAACAUCACCCCACUCCAAAGAGAAAAGAAUGCCCUUCUUUAAGAAGACAGAGCACAUCCCUCCCUAUGAUGUAGUGCCUUCUAUGCGACCAGUAGUUUUAGUGGGGCCUUCUUUGAAGGGAUAUGAGGUAACAGAUAUGAUGCAGAAAGCAUUAUUCGAUUUUUUAAAACAUAGAUUUGAAGGGCGUAUAUCAAUUACACGAGUCACAGCAGACAUCUCGCUUGCCAAACGCUCAGUAUUAAAUAACCCCAGUAAGCAUGCGAUAAUAGAGCGAUCUAACACGAGAUCAAGCUUAGCUGAAGUUCAGAGUGAAAUUGAGCGGAUUUUUGAAUUAGCAAGGACACUGCAGUUGGUAGUGCUUGAUGCUGAUACCAUUAAUCACCCAGCACAACUGAGCAAAACCUCUCUGGCGCCCAUUAUAGUAUACGUAAAGAUUUCUUCUCCUAAGGUUUUACAGAGGUUAAUAAAAUCUCGAGGGAAAUCUCAGGCCAAACACCUUAAUGUACAGAUGGUGGCAGCUGAUAAACUGGCACAGUGUCCUCCUGAAAUGUUUGAUGUAAUUCUUGAUGAGAACCAGCUGGAAGAUGCUUGUGAGCACCUUGCUGACUAUUUGGAAGCCUACUGGAAGGCCACACAUCCACCUAGCAGCAAUCCUCCUAACCAGCUUCUCACUCGCACACUUGCAACAGCCACUCUUCCUAUUAGCCCAGGUCCAAAUAUUAAUUUACAGCAGGGAUCUCAAGGAGACCAGAGGAAUGACCAUUCAGUCCCUGAACGCAGCAGUUCACAAAUUGAAGAGGAAGCACGGGUUGAACCCAUCAAGAAAUCCCAGCAUCGCUCUUCAACCCAACACCAUAACCAUCGCAGUGGUGUUAGAGGCCUUUCUAGGCAAGAAACUUUUGACUCAGAAACACAAGAUAGCAGAGAUUCAGCUUACAUAGAGCCAAAGGAGGACUACUCACAUGAGCAUGGUGACCACUAUGAUUCUCACAGGGAUCACAAUCACAGAGAUGAGUCCCAUGGGAGCAGUGAUCACAGACAUAGAGAAUCAAGGCAUCGCUCAAAGGAGAGGGACCGGGAGCAGGACCACAAUGAAUGCAACAAACAACGUAGUCGUCAUAAAUCGAGGGACCAAUAUUGUGACAAGGAUGGAGAAGUGAUAUCUAAAAAACGUAACGAUGCAGGAGAAUGGAACAGGGAUGUUUACAUCCGUCAGUAACUUUUGCCUCUGGCACUCUUGUGUUUCUUUGAAGUCUUGCAACAAUGCCCCUUGAAAAUAUCUUUGGGUUGUUCAUUGCAGAACAUAUGGUAUCCUUCUGUAUGCUGAUUUGUAUUGCUGUUGCUUGCAUAGCAAUAGCAUGAAAUAGAAUAUUCAUAUACUUAUUUUUUUGGUUAGUGCUAUAUGAAUUAGUGUAGUACAACUGCAGAGUUCCUGAUGUUGUACUAUGCCGUUUUUCAAGCUGUUUUUUGGUAGCUGCCACUUGAACAGUAUCUGUUGCCAUCAAGGUGUUGUUAGUGUUUUUUAAAAAAGAAAAAGGUACAUUUGAUGUUUAAUAACUUCCCGUGUAUUCAGCAAGCAAGAAUCAGCACAUAAAAAUCUAAAACUUUUUGUCUGCUCUGAUUUUUAAUUUGUAAUGCACUUGAUUUGCAUAUUGAUUUGAAAGCCACUAUCUGUUGCUUGUACCUCUGGUGGUCUCCAUUUGAGGACGGAAUUCAGUCUUGCCUUACACACAGGGGAUCAUAAAGUCAAAAUCAAUUUUCUAUGUACUGGUACUGUGUACUGUAUAUACAGUUUAUAAAUGUUCUUUCUGCCGACACCUUCUUACUAUAUAAGUUUGAUCACACUGUUUUAGAGUCCUAAUACCAAGUCAGCAGAUUUGCUUUUGAAUUACUGGCAACUGGAACUAGCCUCAUUUGGGAAAUCGGUAACAGUGUUCUAUCUAAAUACUUUUUCUUCUGUAGCAGAAAGCUUCUAUUUCUGUAAAUUCAAGUGAGUACUUGAGACAGAGGAUCUAACCAACUUGACCUUAUGCUAUCCUUGCAAACCCAACUUUGAAUUUUAAAUUUUUGGUAAAGAUAACUAAUUUACCGCUAUAAAUUAUUCUUCUCCGGACAGGUCAUGAAAUUGCAACGGACACUACCUAUUUUUUGUUCUGUUUUCAGAAUAAUAGAUUACACGUGAUGGAGGUGUGUAUGUGAGUGGGUGGGCGAUGGCUGGGCAUACAUGUGCAUGUGCACAUUUGGCAGCAAAGUGUGAAAAUCUACUUAAGAGAACAAAGGUUACGCAAAAGCCCAACAUGUUUGUUUCUUCACUCUAUUGUUAAUUGAAAAAAUCCAAAUUGCAGUCAGGGAAUAUGAGGGAGUUUACUGACCCAGGUAAUUGAGAAAGCAUAAAUCUGCUGGCUCUUGUUCAGACUUCAAGAGAGUAAAAACAGGCAAAUGUUACUGUGAGUGUUUCACUGGAAAUGUAAAAUCUUUGUGUUUUAGAGUAUUUGUUUUAGUAAGAAAAGUUUACACAGCUUGUGGAGAAUUAUUUUGUUGGAAAAUAAAUUUUUGUAGCUUCUCCACGUUUUCUACACUUGCCAAUUCCUCUGCAUUCCCACUUUGCAGCCAGCUCACUGCUUUUCCUUCACCUAAAAUGUUGUGCUGCCAGUGAGAGCUUAGAAAAACGUGACAAAAUACUCUGUUGCGAGCUCACUAGAGAAAAUGCAUUGAAAUCAAAAGGAGUGAAAACAGUUUGUUUUGCAUUGAACACCUGUUGCACUGGUAAGUGGGGGGAAAUUCACAAUUAUUUUUGGCUACAGGUUCCAUACCCUUGCCUAGUGUAAAGGCUGUUCUGCAUCACGUGUAGUCUUCGUAGUAAUUGUAUGAAUGAAAUACUUUUUGUAUUUCACUGUAAAUAUCACAUUAUAUAAAGACUGUAGUGGGAUAAUAAUUCAUUUAGCUGAAAUUUCUUUUUAUUUAUUAUUUUAAUUCUGGGAAUAUCAGCAUUGCCUGAUUUUGAAUAUCAUUUUAGUGAAACGGAGGUGCAUGCUUUCUCUAGCAUCCAAGCAGUUCAGUUUGACUCUCUUAAACAUACUUUGCUCUCUCUCAUGCUUUAUAUGCAUUUUUACAACUCAAGAGUGUGAAAUUCUGCUGUCAGAUACCUGGAUGUUCCUCCUAGUGCUGCUGACUGUUGUGGUUAUUCAAGGGUAGUAGUUGGUUCAAAGCAUGAACUGUGGGGAACACAAGGGAAAGGAUAUAUUUUCUAGAAACAAAAUUCUCAGCAUUUCUCUAAACAUCACUAAGUGACUUGUAGACAAAGGAAGCAUAGGUAAGUAGACCUGUUGUAUUACUCAAUGGAUAUAUAUAAGACUAUAUAAAAAGUGGCUUUUGAUAUGAGGGGGAUUGUCAGGGUAUCAGUGGAGAAAAACAUUGAAAGAGUUCGUUAUUUGAAUCAUAUCAGAUCACAUUUUAAUGUUAUAUUGUCUUGCUCUAUAUAGCCUGGCUUUAGGUAUUUUGCUAGCUUCAGAAACUGCUGUUGCUCCCUACAACUGUUACAUGACAGUUUUGUCCUGCAAGAAGUGAUGUAUAGAUUCCACUACAAUACCUUGAGUGUUUUUUUUUGUUCUUUUCUUUUUUUUAAAAAAAAAAUUGCUACAGGAGGUGUUAAUUUUCCACCUUUCUUAAAUUACUUUGAAGGAAUGUUUGGCAGAAUUUCAAAGCACUGAGUAGUAUAUUAAAACCAUGGAUUAAGGUAGCCAUGUACAGACAAAUAAAGAGAAAAUACAGAGCACAGUCCAAGCCCUAAUAUUAAAGUAUGGUCUAGACACUGAUUUAUGGAAUAUAAAUAUCUUACAAAGAAAGGCAUGUCCCCGUCCCGUUAAUGAAUUAUCUUUUGUAUACUUCAACUAACAAUGUAUAGGCAACAUACUAACACAUUUCUUAGGCAGACAGUAGGUUUAUUUUAGCCUUGCUAAGGUAUUUUUCUUCAGUUAUUAAGAGUGACAAAUCAGUUGUAAUGUGAGCUUGUACUACAGAUUUUGCACAAUACCACCUGCCUGCUGAGCACUACUUUGAAAAGCACUUUAACAGAAUUAUUUCAACAAGGAGCUUUAAAAAUACUCCAGCUGGAGGACAUAUCAAAGGUUAUUGUGAUGAAAUGUCUUUGCAGAGUUUUGCAAAUAGAAAUUUUAAUAUUGUUUGCAUUAGGAUACUAAUGAGUUCAUAUUUCUGUAUCUGGUUUCAGGAGCUUUGAACCUGAGGAAUGCUAGAGGUCCCAGUGAGCUCCAGUCUUAUGUAUGUGUGGUACAAAAUAACCUGUAAAAUUUCUAUUCAAAUGAAUCAGAAAGAUGGUAAAAACAAUGAGUGAGAAGGGAGGAAAAUAAAUAAAAUAGUUGAGUGAUACAUUGGUCUUGUCAGCUCUACUCUAUAUUUUUCUAAAGGAUUACAGUAUAUGGAAGGAAUGUGAUACAAUUUAACAUUUCUGUGUAUAUAUGUUAGGUGUUAACUUUUUUUGUAUGUCUUUUCAAAUGAAUACACAUCAGUGUUGUUCAGCAGCUCAAGUCUAUCUAUCAGUUUAGUAUCACAGACAUCAUGGAAGAAAGGAUUCUUGAGGAGGGGCUGGAAGGAGGUGGGACUAACAGUCUCCAGACCUGUAAAGGAACAGGACAGUGGGGACAAAUAAGCAACAGGUUUAUACACAGGUAGCAUCACUAGGUGUUAAGAGUUGGAAGAAACUAUCUUGAAAUAGGUCCAUAAAUUUUAUCCACUGACUAGGAAUUGAAAAAUUACAGAUUUUUUUUUUUUUUUAAAAAAAAAAAAAAGUUUUCUAGAGUACUCGUGAAUUCGUAUUCUAUCUGCUAUCAGGAGUUUAGAAUUUCAGAAGUCUUUGACAAUUUCUGCUUCUCAAGGUGUAAAAUAUAAAUAGUCUCCUAAAGAUUUGGCCCUAAAUAAUGAAGGCAGGUUUUAAAGCUGCAUUUUGAGUGGAGUUUGUUAAAUGGAGGAUAAGGAAAUUCAAUCCUACUCAUCAAACCCUGAAUCAAUACAGAUACCUAGUUUCACUUUUCUUUGCAUUUGCAUCCAGAUCUUUUGCAUCCUAUCCAUGAAGUUCCUGCUCAGUUCAAAUACCCUGCCCCUUAAACUUACUAUCUUUUAUGAAAUUGUUAGUAAUCAUCAUUUUUAAGCUCCAUUGGUUUGUAAAGUCAAAUUCAUGUCCUGUGACAACUGCAGAGGUUUUAAGGUGACGUAUCAGCAUUCCCUUAGCUGGAAUGCAGUGAGUGGUCCGAUGGCUUUUCGGCAGUGUCUGUCCAAAAAGUACAAAGUUACAGUAAACCACCUCCUGUGGCAUUACUGAGGCCUCCUCAAGAUGCAUUUUUGUUUCUGGUUACAUUUGACCUCUGAUUGCUUUGAUGCAUCAGGCUGUUUCCCAAGUGCUCGUUCUGAUGAGCCUGUUUUCUGUUCUUACAAUUUUGACUUUAAUUGUAUUCCCUCUGUGAAAAUAGCACACCGCAAACAACUAUUAUACAGUCUUGACGAAGAACAGAGAAAUUCCUUUUGAGAAUGUAAUAUAAUAUUUCUGGUGUACAUUUAUGUAUAUUUAUUAUUUUAUUGCAUAUUAUUCACCAAAAUUUUAGCUGUUCUAUCAUCUUUAAAAUACAUGGAUGACAUUAUAUUGUGAAUAUUUUUAUUCAAAUGUUAUUCAGUCAGAUUUACUGUUCGGCAAUUUGUCUAUAAUUUAUUUCCCUACUUUUAUAUAACAAACUAUGUUAAAUAUGUGCUUACGGUAGUUUUAUGGACAGUUUCUUUUUAUAGCUUAUCACUCGAGAGAUGUGUUCCUACGCAGCCCCAAAAAAGAUUUGUAUCAGAUAUAAUAGAGAUUCAGCUGGUUGUUCUAUAUUAUCUGUCUCCUUUCUACUUUAUUCUUACCACUUAUCUAUCAGGCAUCCUACUUGGCAGUAAAUUCUAACAGUACAAACUGGAUUUGUUCAUAAAGCUUUAGCAGUGAACAACAAAACAAAAAAGAAGGCUCUUUUUAUUUUAGAUUACCCAUUCCAAAGUUAUUACUUGUCAAUCAUCUUGACUAACCUGUUACUAAAGUACUCUCUGUUCCUUAAAGAGCACAUGAAACCCUAUGAUCUGAAAGUUGUUGGGCUCCAUGACAUGAACAGAAAGAAGCUGUGUAAUAAUAUAUCAUACUAUACUAGGCUGUCAAUUUUAGUACUUUUAUAUUGACCAAAAUAAAUAUUUAGAUUUGGCAUCAUUACUAAUCGCUAUUUCUGCAAGCAGGGAAAGGUUUUUUUGGAUUCAGUUUUUUUUUUUUUUUUUUUCCAGACAGGAUCUGAUUGUAUACCUAAUCUAUUUUGUAGGGUUAAUCUUUCAUUAAAAAUGACAUUUUUUUUUCUUAAUUUAAUAUAUAAAUAUCUCACAGCGUGAGAUAUAUAUAUAUAUAUAUAUAUAUGUAUUUUAUAUACUGCAAGUGUGCUUCAGCACCAGAUACUGAAGCAUGUUUCAGUCUGCAAAGCAUUAUCAGGAAAAUAACCGUAUUAGGUAUUAAAAUACAUAUAGUCCAUACAUUAAGAUUGUGAAAAUAAUAAAAUACUAUGAUUCCUGUAACUUUAGUUAAAGUUACAGUCACACUGGAAAGAGAAACAAAAAGAGCAUCUAUCCAGCUUUAGACAUCUAACUUAGCAAGCUUUGACCGCAGUCAAAACGAGGCUGGCUCCUUCAAGGGAUGAUUUGAAGCAUCUCAAUUAAGUUCCUGUUCUGAACUGCCCGAUGGAGCAAUCUCUUUCUCUCUCUCCUUGUGUCAUCCCCUCUCCCUGAAUUACCAGCAGAGAGAAGGUCCAGGGGAAACAGCUGAGGCUUAGCUCUUUAAUACACUGACUGUUUUUUCAAGUCUAUCAGUGACUUUUGCAGAAAUAACUCUAAUAGUUAAAAGUUCAGAUAUCGGCAGUGUUUUUUCACAUUAAGUCUGGUCUGCAAUUACGCUGGAAUCAAACCCAAGUCAGUUACUUUUUCUUUUUUUUUUUGGGGGGGGGGGGUUAGUGCUAAGAAAUUUCUCAUAUAAAAAUCAAGUAAGAUCACCUUCUUGAAAAGCCUGUUUAUAACUAAUAAAUAUGGGAACUUCUCAAAUUUUCACAAAGAAUUCAGCAUUGCACAGAUCCUGCUACUGAAACUGGAGGCAAAAAAUCCUCCCUUUAUAGGUAUGUGCAAAUUUCAACAUAUAGUCUAUGUAUGCUGAUUAAUGUUUACAGAGUUUAUAUAUUCUGAGAAAAAAUAUGCUUUUUUACUAGCACCAAGUUAAAGAUUUCAAUAUGUACUUACAGUAAAGGACUAAUACAUUUUGUUACCAAGUAGCUAUUGUAGCCAUAUUUUGACUAAAAUACUGUAAUUUAUAAUACAAGUGAUUACAAUUCUAAAUGGGUUAUCUCACCUACAACUGAUGAAACAAGAUUACUUUAAAUCUUCUUUUGGCAUGUCAUAGUUAACAGCAAGGAGUGAGCUACAGAAGUAAGCAAGAAUUCCCUCCUCCUGGUCUGUUAGGAUAUGCCUUAUAGAGUAUGUACUAAGCAGCCUUAGCAGAACAAGAGAGGAGACAUUUGAUUUAUUCAAGAACAGUACAAAACAUGAUAUAUCAAAACAUUUAUAGCAAAUAUAAGUACAGAACCAGACUAGUGACAGAGUUUUAUAAAUUGUUUUGAGUAAAUGCAGAAGAACAUCUGACAGUACAAAAGCAAAUUAGAAAAGAGAUGUCAGUCUUUAAUCCAACCAAAUAAUCAUGUGUGCAAAAUAAGAUAUUUUUUCCAGAUAAUGCUUUGAAAAUCAGUGGGAAAACAGCAACAACAACAAAAAAGCCCACAACAAAACAUAGAUGUCAGUUUAGGUUUUUGAACCGUGCUUACUUUUUCCCUCCGCUUUUCGUGUUCUUUCCAGCAGUACUAAGAACAGAGAACACUAUUCAGACAGAGAACACCUCUGUAACUGAAGCAGAAUUUUUUAAAUAUAUACAACACCUUUAAGAAGUUUAGAUUAUUAAAACUUUGAGCAGUGUAUUAAGUCAGUUCUCAUUAGCAUGCUUCCCCAGUUUCAAUUUUCAUAUGAUUUUACCCGUUGAUGCUUUCUAACCAGUAAGGAGUUAAUAUUCUUAGUUGUUUGAAAGGUGAUUUGCAACAUUUCAGAUGAUAUUAUGCAUUGUUUUCUGUCUUUUGAUAUAUUCAUCACAGCUGUAGCCCCUUCUAUUGCAAAUGUUUGAUUUUAAAAUUGUCACUUGUCAGCCAGUCCAAUAGGCUGUUUGGGAACCAAUACAGUUUAUGCAUGGGAAGUUUGAUGUUGAAAUAAUAUUUAUUUACAUUCCCAGAGUGAGAUGGUUUAAUAUAUUCAUGCUGCUAUAAAAGACAUGCUACAAAACCUAAUCGUAUUUUGUGUAUAUACUAUGUGUACAGAGAAUCUUGCUUGUAUUAAAAUAAAAGAGAAAUGAGGUUCUAAGUA